AUGAACGAAAAGUCACAUGCGUCAUGUUUAUCCUUUAGCUCCCUUUCCGAGGCUUACGUCUAUUUUACGUGCUUGAUGCUCGGGAUCUCCAUUCUCAUGCCAUUUAAUGCCCUGAUCUCCGCCCCUCGUUACAUGACUGACUACUACAAGUAUGUCACGGGAGAUGAAAAGGCCAAACCGAACAAUGAGUUCUUCUGGGCGAAUAUCUUCGUUUACUACAAUAUCGCGUCUACGAUAACUCAGAUUAUUGUGGGGCCGACUGUACUCCUUCCGUUUGCGCGCAGGUUUUCCCUAAACUUGCGUUUCUCCCUGUCGAUCACGCUCAUGAUGUCCGAGGUCUUUGUUACGCUCCUCUUACCGGCCAUAAAGGUGAGCCAAGAGUUCGCGAUGGUGGCCUUUUUUAUUGUCACGAUCGCGGCGGGGGUGGGAAAAUCGUACCUUGAAGCAACCUGUUACGUCCUCGUCGGUACAAUGCCGUCCAAGUUCAUGUCUGCGGUCAUGUUCGGCUGCAGUUUUUCUGGAGUGACAGCCUCCAUCCUGCAGUGUGUCAUCAAAGCUUCACUUCCAGACACGUAUGAAUCCGUUAGGACGCAGUCUUACAUCUAUUUCAGCCUCACGCUCGCUUGUAUGGCAAUCGGGUUGGUCACGUCACUCACCCUCCGCUGGAAUAGUUUCGCGCAGAGGUUUGUUGGCGAAUACAACAUGGCAAAGGUGCGCCGUGGGUUUGAGAAUACAGAUAUGGAUGCGCUUGGUCCGGUGAAUCCGAAUGCAGGUAGCUCGAAAGUGGCGGUGUCUGGCCAAAACGAUGAGGGUGUCUCCUACGCCAGAAUAGUAGAUACAAAAUCGUCGGUUGUGGAAAGUCCCACAUUAAAUAGCAACAUCAAAGAUCUGAAUGAAGCCGGCGAUGAAUAUGGCAAGUCGGAAGCCGCCGGCGCUCAGAAUUACAUGACCACAUCUCAACAAUUGCGGAGCACCGCUGUUGGACCUGUUUUUAAGCUAGUUUAUCCGAGCAUGAUCGCGUGCUUUACUACCUUCCUUGUUACCCUGAUUAUCUUCCCCUCGCUGGUGAUUCCGAUUGAUCGUAAGGAUAACUGGUUUGCCACCAUCGCGGUCCUCCUGUACAACUGCGGAGAUGCCACCGGCCGGCUCUCGUCGUCGUUCCGCUUUCUUUGGGUGUCGAGGAGGGUACUCUUGGUGACGGUGUGCUGCCGCUGCCUCUUUUUCGUUCCGAUCCUGCUCUGCAUUUACAAGUACAUCCCUGGCCACAUUGUACCGUUCCUCCUGAUUCCCGUGCUCGGCCUCACCAACGGCUUUUUCGGCUCACUCGCGAUGGUGUACGGGCCGAUCACGCCGGGGAUCCGCACCGAUGGGCAGCGCGCGAUGGCAGGGCAGCUCAUGGGGAUUUCCCUCCUGGGUGGUAUUUCAACGGCCUCGUUGGUGGCCUUCGGGGUGGUUUCCGUCUUGGGGCGGUAA